AUGCAGGUUGUCAAUGUGUCGAAUAAACAAAUCAAGAACUUUAACUUGGAAACAAUUAAUGCUGUCUAUGAUACACACCUAAAUUAUGCAAAAACUAGAUCAAUCAAUUGCAGUCACAAUUUAUUGGGAUCAACAGAUGGGUUUUCUUAAUUUCAAUGUCUCUACAACUUGGAUAUGAGUCAUAAUCGUAUUAAUUAGUUCUUCCAAUUGACUUCAUCUUUGGUCGAAAUAAAUUUGGCUCACAAUCUGUUGGGGAGUGUGUUUGAUGAUUUUCAGAAAUCUCUAAAGUCACAAGGUACUCGUUUAUACGUAGGGUCAUUCUUAUCAAAUUUGAAGAACUUGAAAAUCAUUGAUCUCAGUUAUAAUAACAUUUCAUCGAUCAGUUCCAACAUAUUUGAUAACAACACUCAACUUCGUAAAAUAAACCUCAGCAACAAUCAACUGGCAUGUGCCUUGUGGUGUUUUACCAAACUGGAAAAUCUGGAGAUAAUUGAUGUCGGACAUAAUUAAUUAAAUAUUAACGAUUUAAAGCCAUUAGAGAAAAUAAGAUUGGAGAGUUUGAAUCUUAGAUUCAAUCCAUUAGAGAACACGGACAAAUGUGAAGAGAAAUUGAUGAAGCAUCUACUCUACACUCGAAGGAUCGAAUUGUCAUACACUCAAUUGGAACAAUAGAUAAUUAUGAAUUCCAAACAGAGUUCCAAGUUGGAUCAAAGCGUCAAUAGCAAUGACUCUAUACAAUAACAAGCAACUGAGAGAUCAACUAUGAGUCGUUUAAGCAAAGUCAGCAACAGACUUGCAAGACCCAAAACACCUUAGAAUACCAAGAAUGAGACAUACUAAAUAAAUAGAACUCCAGUCAAGGCAUAGAAUCUGCAGGAAGUGAAGAAAUCUAAGGGGGAGUUGAAAAAGAAUAUAAGCAUUACUCCAAAGAAAAACAAUCAAACACCUAAGUAAUAACGAUAGGUCUGUAUGAAAACAGUGGAUCAACACGAUGAAUAGAUUAAGCAAAGAGAUUCAUAUUAGUAAUAGAAAUCAACAACAAAAAUACCGGCUUUGAAUUUACAAAUGCUAAAAGUGACUCCAUUUUAAUUAAGUGAAGUUGGUUCUGAAAGGGAAGAUUUUCCUAUGUUAUUUGAAGAAGAUGACGAGAAGUAACUACUUGAAGAAUUGAGACUUUUGGGGGAAGUUGUGAAGUAGAAGAAGCAACAUGAAGUUAGUAUUGAAAGACAAAUAACAAUGAACAAAAAUAUAAUUUCAUUGAUGAAGAUUAUGAUCAAAGGAAUUUAUUUGUAUGAUGUUAACGAGUACAACAAGGGAUUCGAUGAAAUGAUGACAGAAUUGUAAAAGGAAUUAGAAUCGAAGAAUCCAUAAUUCUAAGAUCUGAAACUUAAAUUGAUGAGAUUCAAUAAGGAACAUUACGAAUUAAAUAAAAUGUAUUAUAGUUUAGAGUAAUCUGAAAGAGUGGUUGAUAAUAUCAAGCAAUAAUUAAUUUGA